AUGGCAUCAAAACCACCCACCAUCACGUCAGUCUCCAACCCUAAAGAAUCAAUUGCACAAACUCUGCUCUCGCGCGCCCAUCCGCCCGAAAUCGCAUCACAAAUCUUCACCGAUAAAGUCAAGCUCCGACCCCUCUAUCUCAAACCCAGCGAACCAUCCCCCCACAAUGCCCAACAAGCACGACGCCUCAAACGCAUUCAUGCCCAAGAAUCUCGUAAGAAGAAACAAAAGCCCAAGCCUCUGUCGAGUCGAGAAAAGCGUGCGCUUUGUUUAUACGACAUCCCGAAGUCGAACCAGAAAUACAGCAUUUACGAACCUCUUUAUCGCAUGUGGAUAGGGUACAUACAAGAAGUCUUGGACAUCUCGCGAAGCUUACCGAUUUCGAGCGGAACGGCGGCGAAGCUGUGUAGUGCUGAUUAUCAUGGGGCUUUGCUUACCGUCACGAGGUCGAGAUGUGUGAGUAGGGUCGGAGUAGAGGGAAUCGUGGUUAAGGAUAUGAAGCAUGCUUUUGAGAUUGUCACGAAAAAUGAUGAGGUGAAGCUGCUGCCGAAAGAAGGAACGAUUUUCAAGUUUGUGAUACCAAUACCGGAGCCAAAGAAAGAAGGAGUUUCAGAGGAGGAUAGUGAAAAGACCCCAGAAGACGGGACCCCAGAAGAGGAGGGAAAGAAGCAAGAGGAUUUGGUGUUUGAAUUGCAUGGUGAUCAAUUUAUAUAUCGAGCAUCCGAUCGCGCGAACCGGAAGUUUAGGCCGCGUUUUCUUCGGAAUCUUUGA